UGCCAUGUCGUCAACAAAGUGUCUUACACCUUUUACGGCUACCCCGACAACGAUCCUCCUGGCUCCGACGUCUCCGAAGACUGUGGACGAGGCGUGGCUGCCGGCGGCAUCGGCACCAUCGACAACCCGCUUACCUUCGCUACGGCGCCGGGCGAAUUUGAGAAAUGCGAGAUGGUUUACUCGCCCUACCUUCGCAAGUACCUGAUCAAUGAGGACUACUGCGAGACGUGCACCAAGAACUGGAAGAACCACAUCUGGCAUGUCGACGUGUGGUUGGGAGGAAACUCGACCACGUACGCCAAGGAGCAGCUGAAGUGCGAGACCAGUCUGACUCCACCGGAGGAGAGUCAGAUUGUUAUCCGGAGCCCAGGCAAGAAUCUGCCUGUUGAUCUUACGUCCUUCUAUCUUGGCGGAUUUUCUGACUGCAGCCUCGAUCACGUUUAUCACGACUAUGAUGCGACGGACUAUUGUUGA